GAAAGGAACGAAGGACUUGUUGUCCUUGCGUGUCAUUGCCCGCGGUGAGCGUUUUGCAAAUCACAACGGGUGGCUGAACCGGAGACGCGUCUUCGACCUGCACUCGACCCUCAUGCUCAACGACCCGGCCACUCGCGCCCACUGCCCCUCCGGUACAUCUCAUAACGCCACGAACAUCGACGGCGACGCUGGACGGAGCACAGCGGACACCGUGCAGACACGCCGAGACGCCGUCCGAAACGACACGCCGACUGUUCAGCACCUGCCACACGACUUCACCUCGUCGCGCAAGUCGCGUCUGGUGCCCAUCGCUUGUAAGCUGCUUUUCCGCACUCUGUUAUCUGGGGCGGCCGCUCGCUGGCACAGUCCGUCGCGAGUUAGCGCCGCGCGCGUAGCCCCACUCGACGACCGGCACUCCUCGCUAGCAGCUCACGCGCCGCGCGCCUUCACCGGACGCGUACUUCCAUUCACGCAGCCUGGCGGUGGCUACUCACUGCUUCGUGCGCGUGGCUAUCCCUCUCCCACACACUCCGCUGGUUCACCUAUGUUGGUUUCCCUUCCACCUUUCCGCGGCCGUUGCUUCGCGGCAGGUGCGGCUCAAAGCGCGGUACGACCACAUGUCGACGAACAUCCCGACCGCCUACACUGUACGGCACCGUCCGCUACGGCAUCCCGCGGAUGCGUUGCACGCGAUGACCCGCCGGGCGCGCGCUCACACUUCGGCUGGUUAACAACCCUGCGUCCCAUUCGUCGCGGACUCCCAUGCGACGGGGCAUCAGCCUCCGCUGGUUCCACCGCGACCGAGACCGUUCUCGUGCUCGCGGUGAUGCGAGGUUCAGGUCGAUAGGCAAUGUACGCUACGGAAUGUCGUGAGCGCGCAAUUGAACCAGGCACUGGGGGUCGUGUUUAGCGGACGCCGUCAACGAACGAGGUGCCGGUGAGCUUUCUGA